AUGACUACUCAUGUAGUCUCACGAGCCUGGAAUGCCUUUUGUCAACAGAAACAACACCUGAUUGUUAAGGCAUUUCGAGAUGUUGGUGUGACCUUACCUAUUGACGGUAGUCAUGAUGAUCAACUCAAGAUCAAAGGCUUCGCCCCCGCUGAUAUUGAUAUUGGAGAUUGGGCUCAAGAUCUUCCUAUUCCACAGUGCAAUCAGCCUUCCCAAAGCCAUUGUAGUCUCCUAGUAGAGACAUCUGAGUAUGACAGCCUUUACUACAUUUGGCAGUGUGAAGGCUACCACAACACAGGAAGUGAGCAGCAUACAGCCGGCGAUUGA